AUGAUAUCAAGAGAAAUUAUAAAAUCAACUAGAAAUAUUAUUAUACAACAUUUGGUGUUUGGAUCUACACAUUUGACUGGUAAUAAAGCGGCAACAGCUAAAACAACAACAUCACCAACAACAAGCAGUAAAGGUAAAUUCACAAAAGGUCAGAGACAUAAAUCUACUUCAACUGCUAGCAGCGGCAAUAGUGGUAUUGAAUCGACAGCGAGCAAUGCAUCCAACUCAUUAAAGAAAUCGGUACUCAAUCAUAUGACUCAAUACGAUAGUCUUAAAGGAAAAACAAAUACAUAUGAUUGGGAGAUAUUUGGACAUGAAUCACAAGUGAUUCAAUUACAUUUGAAUCCAGGAACUUCGAUUACAGCAGAAACUGGUGCUCUCUUGGAAAUGAGCGCGACAAUGGAGAUGGAUACCACAGCAAGAGGUGGAUUCAUGUCAAGUAUGAAAAGAAUGAUAACAGGACAAGGUAUUUUCCUUACGAAAUUUAAAAAUUCAUCCGAUACUGAAACAGCUAGAAUAACAUUCUCAUCACCUUAUAUAUCAAAGAUAUUGGCAAUACAGAUGUCAGAGAUUGGUGGAGAACUUAUUUGUAAAAAGAAUGCAUUUCUCUGUGGUGAUAACGAUAUUGAAAUUGGACCAAGACUAACCAAUCGGUUUUCAAUUGGUUUCUUUGGUGGCCAAGGUUUUAUUUUGCAAAAAUUAACUGGUCAUGGUCUUGCUUUUAUACAUGGAAGUGGUUCUAUUAUGUAUCGGAUGUUGAAACCGAUGGAGACAAUCAAGGUCAGUACAGGUUGUAUCGUUGCGUUCGAACCUACAAUCCAAUACGAUAUCGAAUGGGUAAAGGGUGCAAAGAAUAUAUUCUUUGGUGGCGAAGGUCUGUUCUUGGCAACUCUAUCUGGACCUGGUUUAGUAAUACUCCAAAGUCUGCCAUUUGAGAAACUGGUAUCUGCUAUUGCGAGUCAUCUGCCUUCUUCAUCAACAAUCGUUUCAUCAUCCGGAUCAUCCGGAUCAUCCGAUACAUCCGGAUCAUCAUCAUCUUCAUCAUCUAAAAGUACAUAA